GAUCCUCGUACAUGGUGAAUAACCAAAUUCCAAUUGAAAUGAAAUCUUUAGGAGAAAUCAAUGAAAUUUAGGAGGAAUCAAUGAGAGGACAUCAAUUCAAAUCCUGGAUUUUCGAAUUGAGAGAGAUAUUGAGAGAGAUCAAGAAUUCUCACCAUUUCUUAGAUUCAUGGACCCAAUUCAAUUCAGUGGGAUCCUUCAUUCACAUUUUUUUCCACCAAGAACGUUUUCUAAAACUCUUUGACCCCCGAAUUUGGAGUAUCCUACUUUCACGCAAUUCACAGGGUUCAACAAGCAAUCGAUAUUUCACGAUCAAGGGUGUAAUACUCUUUGUAGUAGCGGUCCUUAUAUAUCGUAUUAACAAUCGAAAUAUGGUCGAAAGAAAAAAUCUCUAUUUGAUAGGGCUUCUUCCUAUACCUAUGAAUUCCAUUGGACCCAGAAAUGAUACAUUGGAAGAAUCCGUUGGGUCUUCCAAUAUCAAUAGGUUGAUUGUUUCUCUCCUGUAUCUUCCCAAAGGAAAAAAGAUCUCUGAGAGUUGUUUCCUGAAUCCGAAAGAGAGUACUUGGGUUCUCCCAAUAACUAAAAAGUGUAGCAUGCCUGAAUCUAACUGGGGUUCGCGUUGGUGGAGGAACUGGAUCGGAAAAAAGAGGGAUUCUAGUUGUAAGAUAUCUAAUGAAACCGUCGCUGGAAUUGAGAUCUUAUUCAAAGAGAAAGAUCUCAAAUAUCUGGAGUUUCUUUUUGUAUAUUAUAUGGAUGAUCCGAUCCGCAAGGACCAUGAUUGGGAAUUGUUUGAUCGUCUUUCUCUGAGGAAGAGUCGAAAUAGAAUCAACUUGAAUUCGGGACCGCUAUUCGAAAUCUUAGUGAAACACUGGAUUUCUUAUCUCAUGUCUGCUUUUCGUGAAAAAAUACCAAUUGAAGUGGAGGGUUUCUUCAAACAACAAGGGGCUGGGUCAACUAUUCAAUCAAAUGAUAUUGAGCAUGUUUCCCAUCUCUUCUCGAGAAACAAGUGGGCUAUUUCUUUGCAAAACUGUGCUCAAUUUCAUAUGUGGCAAUUCCGCCAAGAUCUCUUCGUUAGUUGGGGGAAGAAUCCGCCCGAAUCGGAUUUUUUGAGGAACGUAUCGAGAGAGAAUUGGAUUUGGUUAGACAAUGUGUGGUUGGUAAACAAGGAUCGGUUUUUUAGCAAGGUACAGAAUGUAUCGUCAAAUAUUCAAUAUGAUUCCACAAGAUCUAGUUUCGUUCAAGUAACGGAUUCUAGCCAACUGAAAGGAUCUUCUGAUCAAUCCAGAGAUCAUUUGGAUUCCAUUAGUAAUGAGGAUUCGGAAUAUCACACAUUGAUUAAUCAAAGAGAGAUUCAACAACGAAAAGAAAGAUCAAUUCUUUGGGAUCCUUCCUUUCUUCAAACGGAACGAAAAGAGAUAGAAUCAGGCCGAUUCCCGAAAUGCCUUUCUGGAUAUUCCUCAAUGUCCCGGCUAUUCACGGAACGUGAGAAGCAGAUGAUUAAUCAUCUGUUUCCGGAAGAAAUCGAAGAAUUUCUUGGGAAUCCUACAAGAUCCGUUCGUUCUUUUUUCUCUGAUAGAUGGUCAGAACUUCAUCUGGGUUCGAAUCCUACUGAGAGGUCCACUAGAGAUCAUAAAUUGUUGAAGAAACAACAAGAUCUUUCUUUUGUCCCUUCCAGGCCCGAGUUGGACAUCCAAUUGCUUCGAUUUGAAUUAUCCGGAGAAUGCAAUGCCUGA